UCCUCCCGAACUUCAUCUUCUCAUUAUAGACUUUCUAUGCGAUUCAGCUCUUGACUUAAAGAGCUGCUCGUAUGUCAGUCACUUAUGGCGUCAACGCGCGAUUUUACAUUUAUUCCAUUACGUGGUAGUAUCAACUCUCUCACACACUACCAUCCGCCUUCGCAUACGCAGUGACACUAGGACAUGGGUUUCUUUAGCAAACUGGGAUCUUUUGAAGGAGUCCACGCAUUUGACGGAUGUCAUUCAGCAUUUAUCCUUCAUAUUUGACGCUGCUGAUAUCGAAAGCCCAGAGGAUAUGUUCCUCCAACCGAUUCCUCAUUCUCUUCCUCGACUUUCAGUCCUUGAAAUUCGAAACUGUCAUCCUCGGUCCACCAUCCAGUAUACUCGCUUCGUGCGGAGCUUUUUAUCGCUACACCAAAGUCUCGCUCUCACAUCUAUCGGGAACUUGUUGAAGCACCACGACGUCUCUAUCGAGGACACGUCGGUCACCGAGAAUGGCUCUCACGUUCCAAUCCACUCUUUAACGUAUGGGGUUAACUCCCUAGAGAUUGAUCAUGCGCUGUUCCUGGACCGAGCUGCUAUCUUUAAUCUGGAUAAGCUUCAACGACUAAAGGUUCAAACCUUCAGUUCAGACUGCAUCCCGAUUCUCCAGAGGUUCGGUACAACGCUACUUCACCUGGAGUUGUUACUUUUUCCCGACGGAAUUCAUGUCCCAUACGGCGUUUAUCCGUCCUCAGAGGACCUUUCUGUCGUUUCACUGGCUCCCAAUAUAACUAGUCUCACUCUUCAUACUCAAUAUCAUGUCAGCAGUCAGAGGACGCUUUUACGCCAACUAGCACGCAUAGCGUUUACGAAACCAUGUAUGGAACUACGGAAAGUUACUCUCGUACUAUCUGUGGACGACGUCUGGGCAAUCGGGUCGUAUUCCCUUGACAAAACGCUCACUUCCUUUGCUCAAGAACUGCCAACAAUCACGACCAUCGAAGUCGCACUCUCUUGGCGUGUGCAAUCCUCUAUGAACGAUUUUUUGGUUCUAGUACAAGAAGUCAGGGAUGCAUUGCCAGAAACAGAUAACAUGAAAAUCCUGGAUGUGACCCAGUAUGAGCACUAUCCUUGAAGCUCAGAGACCAUGAGUGUUUGGUAAUCAGCGGUCUACUCUUGGUCGUUGGGGCUCGGAGAAUUAUUUCAAUGGAUGACCGUAGUCAUGAGCUGCGUACACAGACCCUGGUACCAGCCCA